AUGAAUCAGAUUCAAUCUUCAGUGCUCGGUCACACCUCCGACACUCAUGAAAUUUUGACUAAUUCCAUCGACCCCGAAAAGCAAAAUGAACCACCACCAGCCGCGGCACCGGCACAACGCCCAAACAAUGCUCAACAAGAACAAUCCCCGCUACCUGAACAAUCACAAGAGCAAACUGAUAGCCCAUAUCGACCCAAAACGUCGAAGUUCUGGCUUAUAUUACUGUGCAACUUCAUGUGUCUACUCCUAGUAGCACUAGAUCGAACAAUUAUCGCAACAGCCAUCCCGCGGAUCACAGACGAAUUCCACAGUCUAAGCGACAUUGGAUGGUACGGAUCAUCGUACAUGCUCGCUAGUGCAUCGUCACAACUACUCUUUGGGCGCAUCUACAAGUUCUAUAAUAUCAAGAGGGUUUUUUUGACUUCUGUCGUGGGAUUCGAGAUUGGAUCUACUAUCUGUGGUGCUGCGCCUACGUCUGGAGCAUUCAUUGCUGGACGUGCUAUUGCAGGAUUUGCUUCUUCGGGGAUAUUCUCUGGUUGUAUGCUUAUUGUUAUUUCUAUGGUUCCUCUACAUAAGAGACCGAUGUUUCAGGGUAUGUUUGGGGCUACUUUUGGGAUUGCUUCGAUUUUAGGUCCUUUGGUUGGUGGGGCAUUUACUAGUAAUGUGACCUGGAGAUGGUGCUUCUAUAUCAAUCUUCCUAUUGGUGUUGUCGGUUUGCUGGCUAUGACCCUUGUAUGGUGCCCAAAGAGAGGCCAGCAUGAUUCGGUUCCCAUUUCCGCACAUUUAAAACGUUUGGAUCCAUUGGGAAUGUUUUUCUUUGUACCAUCCAUUAUAUGCCUUCUAUUGGCAUUGCAAUGGGGUGGCUCGACGUAUGCGUGGAGCAACGGCCGUAUCAUCGCGCUAUUUGUCGUCUUUGCCGUCCUGAUCACCAUUUUUGGGACCAUUCAGGUUUUGAAACCAGAUACAGCCACUAUACCCGCUAGAGUUAUUACUCGCAGAAUUCAAACCGUCAAGCUUGUCAAUCCAGUACACUCCGGCAUAUACACUCUGCCGCUAGUCCUCAGUCUCGUGGUCGCAAGUAUUAUUGGCGGAAUAAUCACUCAAAAAAUCGGCUACUACGUCCCAGCCAUGUAUACCAGUCCAAGUAUCAUGGCAAUAGGACUAGGUUUGAUGUCCACCUUCAAUCUAAAUACUAGUUCCUCGCACUGGGUCGGCUACCAGUUCCUAGCGGGAUUUGGUCUAGGCCUCGGAAUGCAGAUUAAUGGACUGGUCGUACAACGAGUUCUUCCGCCACCGGAUAUUCCAAUUGGUAUUGCGUUGAUGUUCUUUCUUCAGCAGUUAGGUGGGAGUAUAUUUACUACUGUUGGUCAGACUAUACUGAGUAAUUUGCUUCGGGCACGGUUGAGUGGUAUUCAGGGUAUUGAUGGGGGAUUGAUUGCGAGUCAGGGGGCCACGGAGUUGGUUAAGGUUGUUUCGGAAAAGGAUAUUGGGGUUGUUCAAGAGGCAUAUAAUUAUGCUUGUACGAGGAUAUUUCUUGUUGCUCUUGGAGCUACGUGCGCGGCGUUGGUUAGUAGUCUUGGGAUGGAGUGGAAGAGUAUUAAGAAGGGUAAGAAUGGACAAGAUGUUUCGGGACAAAGUAAAGAUGGUGAGGUUAGGAGGCCUCUUGGGUCUGAGUCUCCACGUCAGUGA